AUGCAUCGCACAACGGCCAACAGCGUCGGAAGGACGGAUGAGGAGACGCCGCUGCUAGGAGGAUUUUCUUCGAAACGGCAAAGGACCGGCUUGAAGAGCCAUUUGGUGGACGACCUUCAUUUUUCGUGGACAGACGCAAUUCUCCUUGCCUGCUAUGUCGUGACCGGACUUCUCGACAGCGCCUCGAUACAGGUCUGGGGCACAUUUGUGUCUAUGCAGACAGGAAACACGGUGUAUGUCGGUCUCGGCCUCGCAAGCCUAGCAACAACAACACCAGGUCCCAGGCUCAUCAAGUCAGCCGUAUCCAUCGCCGCCUUCUGCCUCGGUUCGUUUGUCUUUGGUCGCUUCCACCAUCACUUCUCUCCACGACGUCGAUGGGUCCUCGCCGCCUCCUUCACAAUACAGGCCCUCCUCACAGCAGCCGCAGCCAUCAUCGUCGGCGCGGAUCCCCCGGGCGGCGACGACCUCGCGUGGAACGUGCUCGUGCCCAUCUCGCUCAUGGCGUUCCAGAGCUGUGGGCAAGCAGUGAUAAGCCGGGUGCUUCGGCGAGACGCCCUCAUCAGCGUGGUCCUGACGAGCGCGUAUUGCGAUCUGUUUUCCGACAGCAACCUGUUCAAGUUUGACAACGUGCCGAGGAACCAGAGAGCUUUGGCGCCUCUACUAUUACUGCUGGGCGUCGUCACGGGAGGACUCUUUGCUCAGAGCUCAGUCGGGAUAGCAGGUGCGCUGUGGGCUGGCGCUGGGUUAAAGAUGUGCAUGGUCGUGGCAUGGUUAGUCUGGCCAUCGGAGGAUUAA